CAGUGCUUCAUACAGGAAAUCUACUGCUGUGUCAAGUUCCAGAGAAGAGUUUCUUCUUUUCCAAGUUACUAAUCGGGCUGAAACACAUAGAGUUGAAGGAAGGGGCAGGAGGAAGGGAGUGUUAUGCUGCCAAUGGGUUAAGAGGAUCCAGCACAGAGAAGUCGACCAGAGAGAGCUUCACCAUGUCCACAGUCCCUUUUACACCUGUGUGGAGGAACAGUACUGAGUGAAGGGCAGAAAAGAAGAACACAGAAAUGCCCUGCACUUGGAUAGCUUCUGAUCUACAGCUACUACUGCUUCUGACUCUCUUCUUAGUUGCUGAAUGCAUAAGUGCAAGAAUGGAAGGUUCUGUUACAUCAAACAACACAAUGCAGCAGAUGGUCAAGGAAAAUUGCAGUUUGGCUUCAAUAAUUACUUCAUCUACAGCAAGAAAGCAGAGCACUGUAACACCUCCUUCAGAAGUCAACACUACACGAUCUGUACCAGUGGAUACAAAGCCUGUGCUCUCUUGCCCUCCUGUGCUGAGUACAGCUGUGGUGUUAACAACGUGGGAAGUAGUCCUCAGAGACAAGCCCCCCUGCAACAGAGUCUACAGGGGUGAUACAAAUGAGACAAAGGGAAACUGCACCGAUGAGAGAAUAAUAACCUGGGGCUCCAGACCUGACAAGAUUCCUGCCCUUCAGAUUAACCCAGUGGCCAUCACUCACGAUGGGUAUUACAAGUGUGAAAUGGUAACACUUAAUGGGAAUUUCUAUCAUGGAUAUCACCUCCAAGUCUUAGUGCCCCCUGAGGUGACCCUGGUUCAAAGCAAGGAUGGAACUGCAGUGUGCAAGGCAGCUGCAGGGAAGCCAGCUGCACAGAUCUCCUGGACCCCAGAGAGGGCUUGUACCACUGUUCAAGAACCCUGGGGCAAUGGCACAGUGACUGUCCAGAGUACCUGCCACUGGGAGGGCCACCAUGUACAGAAUGUGUCCUGCUCUGUCUCCCACUUGACUGGCAACAAGAGUCUGACCAUACAGUUGAAUCAAGGUACCAGAAUAGAACACCUAAGAAUUUUAUAUAUCACCUCCCCUGUGUUUAUUGUCUUGGUCAUCGUGGGAUCCAUUUGGCUUUUGAAAAUCCAUGGCUGCAGAAAAUGUAAAUUAAAAAAAACAGAACCUACUCCAGUUGUUGAAGAGGAUGAAAUGCAGCCCUAUGCCAGCUACACAGAGAAGAACAAUCCCCUGUAUGAUACUACAAACAGGGUGAAGACGUCUCAGGUGUCACAAAGUUAAGUUGAUGGGAUGAGUCUCCAUACUUUAUAUGCUCCAGGAAUCCAGCACCAGGACAAAUGAAUCAAGAUGCAGUACAGAUACUGUUUUGAUUUUCUUAGAGUUCUGGAAUGGAAGGCCUAUUUUGAAAUUGGCUUUUCAAAGAUUCUUAGAAGACAGAGACAUUCUAGAGGAUUUGCAUUUGUAUCCUUAUACAAUUGAAAUUUUAGAAUUUUAGCUGUCACAAGCUUGUUCUCUGAAGAACUGAUAAUAUUACAAAGAAAGCAUCUGCUCAUGAUAAAAUAUACAAAUUGUUCAGUACAGUAGAUGAGGGAAACUGAGUUUCCUCAAAUAACUCUACAGAGGGAACAAUUACCAAGAAUUUUUAUGUAAUCUUAUAGAAAAUGUCUAUGUGUGUGUGUCAUAUGUAUAUGUGCAAGUAUAUGUGUACAUUUAUAUGUUUAUUUACAUAUACAUAUCUUUGUCAAGACACAAAUGGGAACAUACUAUAAUUGUGUUCUGUACUUAUAGAAAGCUAAUAAUGUAACAUAUCUUGUAGAUCUUUUAUAUCAACCCAAGCAGAGCUACCUCAUUCUUCUUAAUGGUUACAUAAAAUUCCAUUGUAUGUCUGGUUAAUUAAAUUAACCCUGGUGAUAGACAUUUAGAUGAAGUUUUGUUAAUUCUGCUAGUAUAAACAAUACUACAUAGAAUGUUUCUUGUGGUUAUAUCUCUCUGUGUUUGUUUGAGUAUAUUUGUAAGAUAAUUUCCUUGAGUGAAAUUGCCAGGUCAAAGGGUUUGUGCAUUUUUAUUAUUUUUAUUAUUGACUGAUACGUCAAAUUGCAUCAAUUUACGUUCUCUGCCCAACCCUAUUUGAAUGCACCUUUCCUGUUAUUUUAAUAUUUGUAAGAUUCCAACCUCCUGUUAGCUAAUAUAAGAUUAUAAUAAGAAUUUCACUAUUUAAUAAAACUGAAUUUAUAUUUUUCUGUCAUGUUUUAUGUGUGUGUGUGAGAGAGAGGACACACAUAUGAGGACAUUAGCCUCUUCUGAGAUUAUUGUAUCUCAUUAGAAGUAUUGAUAUCUAAUGCCUAAUAGUUUUGCAGAUGUGAUAAACAGGAAGUGUGUAUUUUUAUGGUGUACACUUUAUUGUGAUGUAUUUAUCAAGUAACAAAUGUUUAUUGGCUAUAUAACCAGCUAAAUAUGCAUUAUGGAGGACUUUGGAUAUCUAUAAAAUAUGGUCUUUGUGCUAAGGGAAUAGCCAUGGGAUGACAUGACCCUUUCUUCCAUUUUUCUAUGGAAUAAAAUAUUGGGAAUGUGUAUAUUAAUCAUUUUUAAUAUUAUGAAAAAUAUAAUUUAAUUAUGAACAAUUAUGAAAAAUAAGUCUAUUUACUCCAAAGCAGGAAAAAUGAUACUGAAAAUUAAAAUGUUUCAACAUGGUAGAAAUUAAAACAAAAAUUCA